CCUUCUGCGCGUCGGCACACAGCUUGUUUUUAGUGGGUUGUUUUAUGAUUUCUCGACAGAUUUGAAGGUUUUACACCCCCAUCGUGCUUUUUUAAAAAAAAUAAAUAUUAUUAUUUAAAUGCGUGUAUAAAUGAUCUGUCAGUCAGAAAAUGGCGCCAGGUUUAGAAAGCGACGGGAACAACGAGGACUGGAUGAAAACUUUACCUGAAGAACUGUGGGACAUUCCUCUAACCAACCUUGCUAUACCAGGGAGCCAUGAUGCCAUGAGCUACUGUCUGGAUCUCACCUCUCCACUACUCAGAUCUGAGUCUGAUUCCUUUAGACUCCUCGACAGAGUUUUCUACUGUGUUACCCGCCCCAUCAUUUACAAAUGGGCUACUACCCAGGUCAUCAAUAUUGUAGAGCAACUGCAAGCUGGCGUCCGAUACUUUGACCUUCGAAUCGCCCGAAAACAGAACGACACGUCACAUGACCUUUACUUCACUCAUGUGAUCUACACCCACGUCACAGUUGGGGACACUCUGAGCACCGUCGCCACGUGGCUCUCGGCACACCCCAAAGAGGUCGUCAUCCUCGCCUGUAGCCAUUUUGAGGGCUUGAGUGAAAAACUGCACGAGGAAUUGAUUUAUUCCUUAAAGAAAAUAUUUGGCUCUAAACUGUGCCCUUCUGAUGCGGAUAUAACCUUACGAGGCUUGUGGUCAUCGGGAUAUCAGGUGGUGCUGUCGUAUGAGGAUCAGACAGCAGUACGUCAUGAGGAGCUGUGGCCCGAAAUCCCGUACUGGUGGGCGAACACGGCCGACGCCGGAGAACUCAUCCAGUAUCUCGAGUCGCAGAAACAUCUCGGACGUCCAGAAGGCUUCUUUGUCGCAGGUCUGAACUUAACCGCAGACCGAUGCUUCAUCGCCUCCAACCCGCACCUCUCCCUGCAGACCUUAACCAUGGACCAGUGGGAGUGCGUGAGGAGAUGGGUGGAGGAUCAGAAACCCGGAGCUGACCCGACGAGCCUCAACAUCAUCGCAGGAGAUUUUAUAGGGUCGAUUCCACUGUGCUCCAUUAUUAUUGCUCUGAAUAAAACACAGAGGCCCUUAAAGCUGGACGUCUGA